ACAAUUAUCUAUAAUAAUAAUAAUGGCAUAAUUAAAUGAUGAAUAACCGUCAAUUGUACAAACGAAAGUAGCUAUGGCUGGCAAGUGUUUUGUGAAUUGUUUCAGAAUUGGCCCACGUGUGUUAUAAUGAGAUACUAUUUUUGUAAACUUCAGUCAAAGUGGGUCAGUGUGGUUGCAGCUCUGUCGCCUGUCCUGGGCGGUCCAGUCUUCCGGGACAGUCCACAGACAUGCGACAAGCGGAAGACUGUGUGAUUAGAUCCUUCUUUCAAUUGUCCAUUGUUCUCGGUUUUGCUUGCUGGCAGAGAAUUGGACAAAGGGACAGAAAUAGUGGCGCUGACAGGGCAGCACUGGAGACGGGAGUGUCACUUUUUGGCAAUGGCUUCUGUUUGUCCUGUAGAGGGCGCUCUGUUGCUUUCAAAGGGUACCACAGUGUCCUAACCACGCUGUGGUCCUGCCUGAGGAGAGAGAUGGACAAAAAGGAUUUUAAGAAAACAGAACGUCAAGCAUACAAGAGAGAGUGUGUUGUAGUGUUUAGUUGCCCAGGUUUUUUUUAGAUGUGUCCAGGGUGCAUACAUCAGAAGUACGCUGGUAAAGGAUAAUAUCAAAAGAGCCUCUAUGCACAAUGUAACAUCUUGUUUGUGUGUCUGCACAAGUGAAUCGUAUACAGUAUACGCAUAGAGCAAUUGCUAUAGGUUCCCUUUUCUUGUCUGGCUUAUUCAUGAAAUGAAUCCUCUUUACUUGUUGACAGACUCAACGCGCCAGGCCACUGUUGGGAUACACACUCCCCAGCUAAUACUUCAUGGUCAUCAGAGAUUAGCAAAACUGAUAUAAAAUGUCACCUAAAGGUCAGAACGAAUCCUGCACAAUACGAAAAAUAAUUAGACUACUAAAUAAUACGAUGUACUUCAAUCACUUCAGCUCCAUCAUCCAUGUGAUGUUAAUGACUAGUCCUCAUUUAAUGUUAUUUAAUGGAUAACCUGUUUGUGAUGGUCCAACUCUGCAUGCCACUUACAGAUCACCGCCUCUUGCUCUAUACAAGCUUUGAAUUCUUUGGAUGUUGGCAUCCCAGCAGCUCACGCAGAGACCUGCACGUGUUGGCCUUUGUGUGUCUGGACUGGGAUUACAUUACACACAGUGCAUCCUGUCGAAGGGUCAAAGCAGAGGUCAGCGUUCGCCUGACUUUUUAAAGUUUUUCUAGUCAGUUGGUCUGCCUGUCCUUGUUUGCCGUUGCUCACUCCGUAUUGUAUGUAAGCUUUUUCCCUUCUACUCCACGUACCUUCUUACCUUGGCUUUGCUAUUGUGCACUUAUUCAACCCGUAUUGCAUUUCACCCAAAGACUCAUUUCUGUUUGGCAAAGGCUUUGUAAACAUCUUUGGGCUGCACUGCUCAGAGUACCUCCAGUGCUACAGACAAAACAUUGUUUAUACAUUUUGCAUCCCAAACAUCAUUCUUUAUUUGUACCUUUGAUGUAAAUCUCGACUGCUGUAGGAAACAGAAAGAUUAUAGCUGUGUUUCACGUGAAGUUUUUGAAUGGUAAGUCCAUUAGACUCAAAAUUUAGGCCUGCAGAAAGACUUGGUCCAAAUGAAUCACUCUCUCAUUCGUCCUCCCUCACUCUGUCCCUCCCUCUGAGUUAAUGGGGUUGUGCGGCUUGGCAAGAUUGCUCCUUUUAGGAUCUGUGUUGAAUAUGAAGGAGACUGAGAGACACACACACAGACAUGCACAUACAAACUGGUCUUGUUAUUUACCCUCACAUUCUCUGGCAAAGCCAGUUUGUUCCAGUUUUAUAAUGAGGAGAUGGGAACUUUUGAAGCUUUGCCACCGAUACACCAAAGGGGAUACAAGAACACAAGCACACACGCACACACACUCGCAUCCUGAUCUGGUAUCCAUUUUCUUUUGUCCUCUCACAUUUAGAAGGAACGGGCUCUUCUAUUUUAGCUGCAGCUUAAUGACGAUGCAGACCGCUAAAAUCUUAUUUAGCAAUCUCUCAAAACAGCACAACAUUGUAGUGCACAUGGUUUCGUUCCUACCACGCUGCUGCUUACAGUUUUAUUUAGAUUGACUCAUGCUUGGCCUUUUAAUAGACCACAAUGAGAACUCCAAUGCCCUCACCUUUCCACAUUGAUUCAUUCAAUGCACAGUACCAAAGAAUAUAGCUUUGUUAGGAGGAGAACCACUUAAAAAUAAAUCAAGGGUUAGAAAAUGAUGAUACAGUAAAAAUGGGCGGACUAGUAAAUUGACACUGUCGAGGAAGGGGCUUGAUGAAAAGUUAGGGUCCUAAUUGUCCUGUGGUCACGUUUCCUUUUAGUGUCUUUUUCCACUUUGUAUUUAACUCCCCCAGUUAUAUUUCAGUCUCUUAACUUGCUCAAAUCAGUUGACAAGCUUUGUGGCUUUAUGCCGCCUCUCAGGUGCUAACCUGCCUACAAUUACAGCCCCCCCCUCUCUCUCGCUCUCUCUCGCUCUCUCUCUCUCCUCCCCCUCCUCUACCUCUCCUUUUGAAAGAGCUGGCUUCAGCAGUCCGCCUCACACGGGCAAUGCAUACUCAUGCAUACAUUGGGUGCUACGGCCCCCGUCCGAGCUAAUCUCAGGGUCCGUGUGGGUGUGUUUGUAUCCCAAGUGUGUGCGUGUGUGUGUGUAUGAAUGUGUGUGUGUGGGGGGUAUUCCUGGCUGCCGCAGAGCAGUGAGGAUAUGUAAGCUUCCUGUCUGCUGCUAGGCAGCCCAGGCUCAUUCUGCCGCAUGCCGCUUACCACCACCAUUACGCAGAGGAAUUCCCUGCCGUCUCUGCUCCUGCUGCUGACAGAGAGUGUGAGUGUGGGCUAGAGGGAGAGAGGAGGAGAGGAGACGUGCAGCAGAGCGACACUGACCGAUAGAGGACAGAGCUGGAUUUCACACUGGAUUUUAAAUGAAGAUGUGCAGUUUCUGUUUACAAGGAAAUCGCACUCUUUGUGGGAUUUCUUGCUGACCCCUGUGGUCCUGAAUUGUGUACGUAUGUGAGAGGCAACUGUGUGUUUGUGUGUGUGUGUGUGUGUGUGUGUGAGUGUGUGCGAGAGAGAGUGAGUGUGAGGGAUUGUGUUCAUGUGCACGAGUGUGUGUUCCUGAUGCGGUCAGAGCGGGCUAGCCGUGUGUGUAUUGUGGUGCUGGAGGAGGUGGAGGAGGAUGAGUCCUCUUCUUCACCCCCACCUCCUCGGCCCAAAUCGUCUCCAGACCGCAGAUCCCAUCAUGCCUCUCGGAGGGCUGCUGCACAGGAGGACAAGCCGUCUCUGUUAAGAGCUAUCUUCAAUGUGGACCCGGACGAAGUGCGCUCCCUCAUAUUCAAGAAGGAGGAUGUCAACGUUCAGGACAAUGAGAAGCGGACGCCUCUGCACGCCGCAGCCUACCUGGGAGACGCUGAGAUCAUUGAGCUGCUCAUCCUGUCAGGAGCCCGAGUUAACGCCAAAGAUAACAAGUGGUUGACUCCUCUCCACCGAGCUGUCGCCUCUUGCAGUGAGGAUGCAGUGGCUGUGUUGCUGAAGCACAGUGCAGACGUUAACGCUCGGGACAAGAACUGGCAGACGCCGCUCCACGUAGCCGCCAGCAACAAGGCAGUACGCUGUGCCGAGGCUUUGGUCCCACUGCUCAGCAAUGUCAACGUAUCUGACCGGGCAGGACGCACUGCCCUGCAUCACGCCGCCUUCAGUGGACAUGUAGAGAUGGCGAAGCUGCUGCUGUCCAGAGGAGCCAAUAUUAAUGCAUUUGACAAGAAGGACAGGAGAGCCAUCCACUGGGCAGCCUACAUGGGUCACCUGGAGGUGGUGAAGUUACUGGUGUCCAGCGGAGCUGAGGUCGACUGUAAGGACAAGAAGGCCUACACCCCUCUCCACGCAGCUGCCUCCAGUGGCAUGAGUAGCACAGUGCACUUCCUGCUGAGCCUGGGUGUCCACGUAAACGAGGUAAAUGUCCACGGCAACACGCCACUCCACUUGGCCUGUUACAACGGACAGGAUGUGGUGGUCAGUGAGUUCAUCGAGACAGGGGCCAGUGUCAAUCAGGUGAACGAGAGGGGCUUCGCUGCUCUCCACUUUGCCUCCUCGUCACGCCAGGGGGCGCUGUGUCAGGAGUUGCUGUUAGCCCACGGAGCUCACAUCAACAUGCGGAGUAAGGAUGGUAAGACUCCUCUCCACAUGGCAGCUACUCAUGGAAGGUUCUCCUGCUCCCAGGCCCUCAUUCAAAAUGGAGCUGAGGUUGAUUGUGAGGACAAGAGCAGAAACACUGCCCUUCAUAUCGCGGCCCGCUAUGGCCAUGAGCUCAUCAUCACAGCUCUCGUCAAACACGGAGCCAGCACCGCCAAGAGAGGCAUUCAUGGGAUGUUCCCUCUACACCUGGCAGCUCUCAGCGGCUUCUCAGAUUGCUGCAGGAAGCUGCUGUCCUCAGGGUUUGACAUAGACACCCCUGACGACUUUGGAAGGACCUGUCUACAUGCUGCUGCAGCUGGAGGGAACCUGGAGUGUGUGAACCUGCUGUUAAACAUAGGGGCAGACUUUAACAGGAAAGACAACUUUGGAAGGACUCCAUUACACUAUGCAUCAACCAACUGUAACUACCAGUGUGUGUUUGCCUUGGUGGGCUCUGGGGCAAGCAUCAAUGAGCUGGACCAGAGAGGCUGUAGCCCCCUGCACUACGCUGCUGCUGCUGACACUGAUGGAAAGUGUGUGGAAUACCUGUUGAGGAACAACGCUGAUCCAGCAGUGAGAGACAAACAGGGCUUCAGCGCUGUGCAUUACGCCUCAGCUUACGGACGCACACUCUGCCUGGAGUUGAUGGCAAGUGAGACACCUCUUGAUGUGUUAAUGGAGGCAGGAGCAGACAUUCUGAGUGACUCGGAGAGCCAGGCCCCCGUCAGUCCACUGCAUCUGGCGGCUUAUCACGGACACUGUGGAGCUCUGGAGGUCCUCUUGUCGUCCCUGCUGGAUGUGGACGUCCGUAGCCCAGAGGGCCGGACCCCCCUCAGCCUGGCCUGCUCCAGUGGCCAUCAGGAGUGUGUCUCCCUGCUGCUGCACCACGGCGCCUCACCUAUGACCCAUGACUACACGCACAAAAAGACGGCCAUACACGCUGCAGCUAUGAAUGGUCACCCAGAGUGCCUGCGACUGCUCAUGAGCAACAACGACCAACACAUUAAUGUGGACGUACGAGACACCAACGGACAAACUCCUCUGAUGUUGGCAGUGCUGAACGGACACACAGAGUGUGUGUACUCUCUGCUCAGUCAAGGAGCCAGUGUAGAGAAUCAGGACCGCUGGGGGAGGACGGCACUACACCGAGGGGCAGUGACAGGCCUGGAGGAGUGUGUGGAGGCCCUCCUCCAGCGGGGGGCCAGCGUGUGCGUGAGAGACAUCCAGGGUCGUUCCCCUCUUCACCUGGCAUCCGCCUGCGGCCGUGUGGGAGCCCUGGGCGCCCUGCUGCAGGCCACCAGCACCUCACACACUGACACACACCUCACAGACAACCAGGGCUACACACCGCUGCACUGGGCCUGCUAUAAUGGAUACGAUGCGUGUGUGGAGGUGCUGUUAGACCAGGAGGUGUUCAGGAAGAUUCAGGGCAACUCAUUCAGUCCACUACACUGUGCCGUUAUGAGCGACAACGACGGAGUAGCAGAGAUGUUGAUUGACGCCCUGGGCACAGCUAUCGUCAACACCGCCGACUCCAAGGGCAGGACCCCCCUUCACGCCGCAGCUUUUUCCGACCACGUGGAGUGUGUUUCCCUUCUUCUGAGCCACGGAGCUCUGGCGAACGUUGUCGACAGGAGCACACACAGGACACCCCUGAUGAUGGCAGCUCUAAACGGACAGACAAAUGCUGUGGAGGUGUUGGUGAGCAGGGCGAAAGCAGAAAUGGCACUACAAGAUUCCUGCAGAAACACAGCAUUACAUCUGGCUUGCAGCAAGGGUCAUGAGACGAGUGCCUUGUUGAUUCUGGAGAAAAUCAGCGACAGGAACUUCAUCAACUGCACCAAUGCUGCUCUCCAGACGCCCCUGCAUGUGGCAGCCAGGAAGGGUCUGACGGUGGUGGUCCAGGAGCUGCUGGGGAAAGGAGCCAGCGUGUUAGCAGUGGACGAGAACGGUUACACUCCAGCUUUGGCCUGCGCUCCCAACCGUGACGUCGCCGACUGCCUGGCCCUCAUCCUCAACUCCAUGAUGCCCACCUCCCCCAUGGUUACCAUAGCAGCUCUACCUGCACUUGCUCUCGCUCAGACAGUCGCCAAUCAGCGCCCGACCUCCAACCACAUCUCCAAGGGCGUGGCCUUUGACGCCCCACCCUCUCUGAGGCCUGACCACGCCUCCUGCUGCAGGCCAGAGCGCCCGCUGUCCACCGCCUCUGCAGACGAGGAACUGAAUGACUCCGAUUCAGAGACGUACUGAGGACUAAUGAUAGAGCCCAACCGGUUCUGGAUCACUCAGGAGCCUUAAUAGUUCACUGAAAGGGGGGGUAAAUAAAGGCAGAUUGUUUUUGGGUAAGCCUCUUCAAAUUAAAUAAUAAUAAUUUUCGUAAAGCAGAUGUUUGUUUUCCUUAAGGUGCGCACCCAUGGGGGUGGUAAAUAAUGUACUAAAAUAUAGAAUAAGGUAAACACACACUGCAGUUCAGUGGUCGGAAACAUGGCCAGUGUAUUUUUAAAUUUAAAGCCGUGUAAUUUUUCUUUUUAAUUGCUGAUACUUCCUGGAGGGGUUUUGAGCCUUUUCAUAGUUUUUCCUUAAACUCUUACUUUAAAAGCGAGUACUGGAGA